AUGCCUGGGCACCAAGUGGGUGCAUUUCUCUGGGGACCACACCUCCCGUCUCCUGGCCUUCAGACAUUUGCUUGCAUGCCCCCCUCUCUCCCCCGUCCCCCUUUCCCCCUUUCUCCCCUCCCAGAGACAUCUCGCUCCCCGAGCUACACCAGUGCGUCAACACCAAGUGGGUGCAUUUCUCCGGGGACCACACCUCGCGCCUCUUGUCCCUCUCCCAUUCUCUGCUCCCCCUCCCUUCUCAGAGACCUCUCUCUCCCCGAGCUGCACCAGUGCCUCAACUCCAAGUGGGUGCAUUUCUCCGGGGACCACACCUCGCGCCUCCUCGCCCUCCAUUUCGCGCGCCUGCUGGGGCUACAGAAGCAGCGGGGGGAGGGGGAGGACGGGGAGGAGGGGGGAGAUGCGGCGGACGGGCCAUUUGGGGGAGGCGGGGGAGGGGAAGGUGCGGGUGGGGCGGGAGGGGAAGGGGGAGAGGGUGGGGAGGGGUUGGCGGAAGGUGGGGGAGAGGGGGGAGAGGCAGUGAGAGGGCCUGGGGUGGCGGAGGGGGUGGAGGAAGAGGGGGACGGAGAGGGGGGUGGGGUGGGCGCUGGUGGUGGUGGUGGUGGUGGUGGUGGUGGGGGGAGCAGGGGGCUGGGAGAGGUAAGUGCAGACGAGAUGGGGGAGGUGGUGAGGCGGAGAAGGCUGGCGUUGUCUGUUGAGGCGCCUCAGGACUCUCUGGUGGGAAAUGGUGGUGGUGGUGGUGGUGGGGGGAGCAGGGGCCGGGGAGAGGUAAGUGCAGAUGAUGAGGGGGAGGUGGCGAGGCGGAGGAGAAGGCAGUCGUUGAGUGUUGAGAUGGAUCAACGGUCGUUGGUUGGAAGAGGAGAGAAGGAGGGGAGUGAGGGGGCGUUGGAGGAAUGGGGAGGGCUCGUGAGCAGCAGCAGCAACGUGAGCAGCAGCAGCAGGAGGAGACUAGCAGCAGCAACAGAGCUGGGCGGCAGUGGCAAGGGGGGAGGCGGGCCGAGAGUGACGUACCUGUUCCGAGGCAAGAUGGCACGGCAGCGACACCCCGAGCCAGGCAAACAGGAGCAGCGGGAUUUGAACGACCAGUUUCUGCUCAACAUGACGACAAAAGCAGGCGGGCGGCCGGAUUUUAUUGUGAUGGGCGUGGGUGUGCAUGAGGUGAUGGGGUGGGGGAAGAGGCCCCCUCCUGACCUUGACUUUGAUGCGUUCCGGGAAGAUACCGAGAAGCUUCUGGACCUGCUGAGGCGGACGUACCGAGGAGGGAAGGUGGUGUGGUGGAAGGCGAAUUACAUCUGGCCAGGAGCCUUGCUAAUGGAGGAUUAUUUUCAGAUGAGGCAGUUCCACGAGCUCUAUCAGGCACACGCGUACAGAAGGUUCCAGGAAGCUGGCCAUACCGUGGCAGACUUUUACCAGACGACAGAGCAUAGACCUGAGCUGGUGGUCUCGCAAGACGGGACUCGGUACAGUGCACAAGUCAUUGCGCUACAUGCAAAAAUAAUCACUAAUAUUCUGUGCAACCGGCAAUAA